ACCGAAGAAACUCCGAGAGUAGGGAUUGUCACACUGGCUAAUUUAUAUACAGGACUACUGUUACAGAAGACUUCAGUGCAUCGAAAAUGUCUACACUGUGGUGUCUGUUGUUUCUGCUCGGAUCUGUGACUUUCACGUGGAGUCUGGAAGACGGGCCAAGAGUUAGAACACCCCUUGGUGCCGUCAAGGGUCAUUAUAAGCUCGCCGGUAAUGGAAGACAGUACGAGGCCUACGAAGGCAUCCCUUACGCGUUGCCUCCGAUAGGAAAGCUUCGAUUCAAGCCUCCUCAUCGUUUACCUCCCUGGGUGGGCGAACUAUCUGCAACAAAGUUCGGUUCUCGAUGCUUGCAAUACAUCCAAAUGCCCCAACCACCGGAAUACGAAAAGGUAAUCGGUGCCGAGGACUGUCUCUAUUUGAACGUUUACGUGCCAGUCCAUGAGAGAACGACCACCAAACCGAUGCCGGUGAUUUUCUGGAUACACGGGGGGGCAUUCCAGUUCGGUAGCGGGCAGGAUAUGGGCGCUAAAUAUCUUAUGGAUUAUGACGUCGUCGUUGUUACAAUCAAUUACCGUCUGGGAAUAUUAGGUUUCCUUAGUACAGAGAACGAAGUAGUUCCCGGUAACAUGGGACUGAAGGAUCAAAGUAUGGCUCUGAGAUGGGUGUCGGAAAACAUCGAGUGGUUCGGUGGUGACCCAAAGAAGGUGACUUUGGCCGGUUUAAGCGCGGGUGGCGCGAGCGUUCAUUACCACUACUUAUCGCCCAUGAGUGCUGGUCUUUUCCAAGGUGGUAUUUCAAUCAGUGGUACAACUUUUGACUGUUGGACACAGGCAGAAAAUAUGUUGGAAAAGUCCAAACGCGUGGCAGCCCUUAUGGGUUGCCCUACAGGUAAUGCAAGGGAAAUGGUACGGUGUCUGAGAUAUCGCCCGCCUACAGCUAUGGUUGAAUCCACUAGUGAAUUUAUGCGAUUUUAUUAUAAUCCGUUCACGCCAUUCGGACCAGUUCCGGAAAGAUACGGAGAUGAACCGUUCAUCGAUCGUACACCUGUUGAAAUCGUGAGUAGUGGCGACGUUCAUGAUAUUCCUUGGAUUACUGGAGUGACCAGUGAAGAAGGAUUGUUUCCAGUUGCAGAAUUUAUCGCUAUACCGGAAGCCUUAAAAACCUUGGAAGACAAUUGGGAUGUUCUCGCGCCAGAUUUUCUCGAUUAUAAUUACACUUUACCUAAAGAGAAACACGUUGAAGUUGCUAGACUCAUCAAGAAACAAUAUUUUGGAACAAAAAAAAUUGAUGAAACGACAACGAAACCUUUGAUAAAAGUAGCCGGUGAUCGGUUUUUCGUUGUUGACAGUGAAAAAGCUGCCAGACUGCAAGCUAGCGUUAAUAAGCAGCCUGUUUGGUAUUACUAUUUCUCGUACAGAGGCGCACAUAGUUUGAGCGAAUACGAGAGUAAAUCUACUACUAAUUAUGGUGUGUCUCAUGGGGAUGAUGCAUUCACUGUUUUGGAUACUCCUUAUUUAGAUGCCACAACAACACUGAAUGAUCGUAAAAUGCAACAACUUUUGAUCGAGUUAUGGAUAUCAUUUUCAACUAAUGGAGUCCCAAAUAUGGGAGGCGUAGAAUGGCCUAGAGUAAAUCCAAGCGAAAAGGCACUUAAUUACUUGCACAUAGCUGGACCAGACAAAAUCUUUAUGGAGAGUGAUGCAAACUUUGGACAGAAAGAUUUUUGGAACUCUAUCAAAUUCAAUGAAAAUAUAUUAAGCAGUCCAUCUGAUGGACAUACAAAAAGAGAAGAAUUAUAAAUAUGUUUCCUUACCAAUCUGUAUCAUAUAAAUUAUAUUGUAUAAUUUUAUGUUGUCACAAAAUUGUCCAAGUAAAUCCUAUAUUAUUUUAAGAAAUUUCUUGAAUAUUAUAAACAUUUAAAAUACAAUUAUUGUAUGGAAUUAAAAAACUUACCUGAUCAGUUAACACGA